UAAAAAAUUAAUUAUCUCCAACCCCUUUGUUUAAGUUUUCCUUGUGUACCUUCCCCCUCCACAAUAAUCAUAAUCUGAGAUCUCAUUCUGACAAUUAAUCUAAAAAAAGAGUUUCUUCCUGCCGAGAAAAAUUCCAAGACGCAGUUUUGCCUUUUGUUAUCCAAUUGUGUUCUCUCUGUUUUUCUAUCCUCUGAUCCAGGAGCAAACUCUUCCACCAUCAAAUCUUCAUGAGUUUUUACAGCUAAUGUUGUUGUUAUUCAAAGGUGACACCAAAAAUAUGGAAGGUCGACAAAUUUUCAACCCUGGUUCAAGGUAUGCAAGGGCAGCACCCCUCGCCUAAAAUAACUUUGCUUGAUUUCUUGUCUUGGGGACACGUUUUUCUGGCCCUUGUAGAGCUGGUGGGUGGAUAGUCUUGAGAAUUGAGGUUCUUGGGUUGGAAUAUAAGCAAAAGCUGGAGUUGAGGUUGGGAUUGAUGAACAUCUCUUUUGCUGGUUCUUUUGGAUGAAUUCUAUCAAGGGAUGUGAAUCUGUGUGAUCAUAGAUAUAUAGAUGCGCUAGAAAGUUUGUGCUAAAAUUUUACACUCAUUGUUAGAUCAUUUGGACAUGUAGCUUAUACAUAUGAAGUACUACUCUAUAUACAUCGGUUUCAUUGAAAUGGUGAAGCCUUGUUGGAGACCUUUGGUUGAUGAUGAUGGAUCAAGGAGGGGAAGAGAUGGGAGUCGGAGAGGGGGAGAUACAAAAGGCCGGUUCGAUGGGCUGUUGUGGCAUAAGGAUCUGGGGCAGCAUGUAGAUGGAGAAUUCUCAAUGGCAGUGAUUCAAGCCAAUAAUUUGUUGGAGGAUUAUAGCCAGUUUGAAUCAGGGCCGUUGAGUUCACUUGAUUCAGGACCUUGUGGUACUUUUAUUGGAGUCUAUGAUGGACAUGGAGGGCCAGAGACGUCUCGGUUUGUAAACGAAACCCUGUUCGCAAAUCUCAAGAAAUUUGCCUCUGAACAUAAAGAAAUAUCUGCAAAUGUUAUUAAAAAGGCUUUCUUGGCAACUGAGGAGGAGUUUCUUUCCGUAGUGAGGCAAAAGUGGCAUAUUAUGCCACAAAUUGCUUCAGUAGGAACGUGCUGUUUGGUGGGGGUAAUAUGCAACGGGUUCCUAUAUGUUGCCAAUGCUGGAGACUCCAGGGUAGUUUUAGGCCGGGAAGAUAAGGCUGCUGGAGGAGUGACAGCUAUUCAAUUAUCAACGGAGCACAAUGCUAAUAUCGAAUCAGUUAGAGAUGAAUUACGGAGUUUGCAUCCUAAUGAUUCACGGAUUGUCGUUUUAAAGCACAAAGUUUGGCGUGUGAAGGGAAUUAUACAGGUAUCAAGAUCGAUCGGAGACGCCUAUCUUAAGAGAUCCGAGUUCAACAAAGAACCACUGUUGCAAAAAUUUAGGUUGUCGGAACCCUUCACCAAGCCAAUUCUCAGUGCAGAACCAUCUAUUUUUGUACACAGGCUCAAUCCCAGAGAUCAGUUCCUCAUAUUUGCUUCAGAUGGUUUGUGGGAGCAUCUUACCAACCAAGAGGCAGUCGACAUCGUCAACAGCUAUCCCCGUCGUGGCAUUGCUAGGAGACUUGUUAAAGCAGCUCUCCUUGUGGCAGCCAAGAAGAGAGAAAUGCGGUACUCGGACUUGAAGAAAAUCGAGCGAGGUGUGAGGCGGCAUUUCCAUGACGAUAUUACAGUUGUGGUUGUCUUUAUAGAUCAAUCUUCCAACCAUAGGCCCUCUCCUCGGAGCUGCACAGUGUCAAUAAGAGGAGGAGGAGGAGGUGUCCCCUACUCUCCUAAUUAGAAUUGCAUGAUCUUUCUGUUAUUGUGGGGGUGGAUCCCUUGUUUGUAAAUUAUGAAUGAUAAGUUUGUGGCUUCCUCUUUUACUCUCUCAUUUUUACCUA